AUGGCCUCGUCAGGUCCAUCGUCUUCCAUGUUCGCCCUUUUGGUUGACAUCUGGAGGCACCUAUCCCUUCGCAGCGACGUCGACGAUAUCAUACUCGAAUUACUCGGCCGUUUCUCCCUGGAACGGAUCCACGCCUGCGUCACCUCUCCCUCCGAGAACAACAAGCAGGCUUACCAGCGUCUCGUGACGGCGCUUCUCUCCCAGCUCAACGUCAUUUUUUACCUCCAACGUCUCACCCUGCCCUCGGAAUCCCGCCAGGUCAGCCGCUUCCUGGGCUUCCUCGUCAGCUGGGAGGUGGCUCUUCGUUCUGCCGAGUUCGUUCUCCAGGUUGUCACCGAGGGACGCGAUAGCCUCUGGGACGCCCGAUCUAUCAGGGACAAAUGCCUACCCGAGUUUCUACUCUCUGUCCUCCGUUUCCUCUCCCUCCACCCUCGCCCUCCCGCGAACCAACGAGUGAGAGACCGCCGCGACCGCUUUGCCCGCAUUCACAAGUCGCUCGAACUCGUCGCCGACGCCUACCCAGGCCCCAAAUCUUUCCUGCUGGCCGUAUGUCAGGAGGUUACCGGCCAUCUUCAGGAAGAUUCCAAUGCUUUUGCGCUGCCCCAUCGAAUGCGCCACGAAUUGCCCAAUUUGGCUUCGGAAUUGUAUCCCCUUCCACGUUGCUUGCUGCCCCCCUACAUUUCAGACCUCGUGCCAAGCUACGAACUCCCAGUCGACUGGCUGGCCCAGUUCUUAGCUCUGCGCGACGUCUCUCAUUUCGUCGUCGGUGCGUCCAUCCAGUACACCGCCAACCAGGAGUCCCGCGACCUGCGGCUCCAGACGUCGUCGGCAAAGGUUCGCAACGCCGUCCUCAACGCCGCCAACAACCUUCGCCUCCCCCGUCCCCUUUCAAAGACCGACCUCCUAGCCACCUUCGAUGCGACUUUCCGUAUCAUCCUCCCCGACACCCUUGACGUUUCGCGGCGCGCCUCCAAUGGCUCGCACGUGGACGAUGAUGAGCUUGACGCGUUGAACCACUUCCGUGAGAGGCUCAGCCAGCGACAGGCCAUCCACCGCGUGAGCGACGUCGACCUCGCCAACGCCGUGACCCAAGUCACGAGGGAAAUCCUAGCCCAGGAUGACCCGUCCGGGGGCCAAUGUCCCAUCACGGCUCAUCCCAGCUUAUACGUGCUGAAUUGCUCGGCUUGCCAUGUGGUCGGAGGAACACAACUGAGGUCGGAUGGUCUCAAGCUUCCGCUCGACCCUGGAGAGUCCCUCGAGAUCCGCAUCCCCUCUUCUUCCAGCUGUCCUACCUGCGGCCAAACCGUGACCUUGGCCCGUGAGGUGUCCCUAGCCAGGAGAGCGUGGGACCGCCUUCGCCACUUCGAGCCCGAUGUCGAGGCCAUCAACGUCGAGCGACACCUGCCGGCGCAAUUUCAGACGGGCCCGCCGAGGCUUGACGCAGGCGGAGUAGCUCGGGAGACUCGAGCUCCGCCUCGCAUUACACCCGCUCUGACUCUCAAGCGGCCUCGUCUCCUCCUGCUCAUCUGUCCACCGCCGCCACGUACUUCUCACCCGAUGCCUUUCAGUGUAAUGGCCUUUCAGCACGUCAGAGUUCCGCCAACAUUCAUGGAAAGGGCAGUAUCUCCGAUUCUUCUCAACAACCACAACCACAACCACAACCACAACCACAACCACAACAACAACAACAUCAACAACAGCCAGCGGACCCUCCCGAAGCCAAGAACCUUCCAUGCCGCCAGCGACCAGUCGUCGCUUCUUUCCCCUACCGAUACCACUGGCAUGCAUUCACCAAGGACCGCCGAGAAAGCCAAGUCGCGUUGGAAACUGCCCUUCACCAGCUCGUCCAGGAGACAGCCUUCGGUGGCUGUCUCGGGAGGAGACUCGAGCUCUCUGUCGUCCACAACAGCCGAGGAUCACAAGCUGGAGGAGAUCCCGUUGGGACCUUUAGUUUCAAGUCAAAAGACAUCUAGCAAAAGCAGCAAAAGCAAAACGGCGAAAAACAUCAUCAACGUCCACCUCUCGCGGAGUUCGACCUUGGCGCUCUUUUGGACACAACUCUCCAUACAACUAUGGGACGUCGGCACUUCCCCUCCCACCAUGGCUCGGUCAAUCUCUACUGCGAGUACUUGCAUUCUGGCUGCAGUCGGCCAACGCUAUCUGGCCUACAUUAUCGGGACCAGGGACCAGAAACUGACGGUCCGUCUUGUAAACCUCGUCCAGCCGUCAUCUCCCGCCGUCGAGUAUCGCAUACCUUCGUCGCCCUGGUGCAAAAGCAUCGCCAUCGACCCGCAAGAGAAAAACGUCGUCGUAGGCUUCGAGAACUCGGUCGUCCGCUCCUUCAAAACCACAACAGACUCGGAACAACCCCAAGAAUUCCGUUUACACGAUCAUUAUCACCCGGAGGGCCGCGCAUCCCCAUCCGUCGACACUCUGGCCUUUUCCGACGACGGCCUGUCCCUCGUUGCCAGCACCAGAAGUGCCAAGAACGGCACAAUACAAGUGUACCUUUCGCGGUUCCCCUUUCUGGACUUCCAGGAGCUGGUGACGUGCCGGUACCCCGUCCCGCUCCACGAGUCAGAGGAUAACGGGGUGACGUCGGCGAUAUUCCGACCGGGGCCGGCCCACGAAGCCGAGAACCUCGUCUGCAUCUCUACUUGGACUCAGUCCGGCACACCCGUGCUGAUCCAGCCCCAAGACGGCCAUAAGAGCGAGAUCAAGACCGAGCCGUCCUGCCGUCAGGGGAAGCUCGGAAGUCGUAUACAGUGCGCCGCCUUCUCACCUUCAGGCAGGGAGUUGGCCAUGGUGAAUGACAAGGGGCACCUAUACCUUGUCUCCAACCUGGACUCGAGCCCCGUGGAAAUCGUCAAGAAGGCGACAUCUAAGGAGCUGACGGCGAAAUCGGCUUCGUUUUCCAUGGCGUUUAUGACGUUGGCCGAGGAGGAAUCCGUGGUGCUGGCCUGGGCUGAUGCUUCAAAGGCAACAGCCUGGGUUAAGAAGAUUCCAGCAACCCAUCGGACCGAAAGUAGUGCACCGGAAGCUUCCGACGUUGUUUACGUCGGAUCGGCCGCUCAACCCCGGACCCAACAACAUCAACAACAACACUCAAAACAAGCCGACGCCGAGUUACCGGGGAACCUUGCGAUAAGCGCCGAACUGCCCGGAGAAGGAAUACAGUCUCCGGUGGAACUUGCGACGCCGGACCAGGUUCCACCGUUUGAGCGGUUCAGUAAGACCCAGAGGAGACAGAGAGACGUUUUAGGUCGGAAGGCCGAGCACUUUACCAGUGGGAGUUAG